UGAGUUCCUAGACUCUAGUACCUAGGAAAAAGUACAAAUUGUGCCUUACCCUCAGGACAUUGGUGUGAAAAAGGGGGGGGGUGUAAAUCAUAUUCCAUUUUCAUGGAAUAUGGAAUCAUAUUCCAUAUUCAUAUUUCAUGGAAUCAUAUUCCAUUCCAUUUUCAUGAGAAAAAAUUACGGCAUUGGUUUUUCUUAGCAGCUAACUUUUAAGAACUGUCAAAAGAAACCAAAAAUGGGUGGUGGUGGGGAACUAUUUGGAGCCUCUUUGGGGCUUUAUCUAGGGCUGAUACCUGCUACAACUUGAGCAUUGGUCCAUGUUGCCCUAGCCAAGGAUUCAAUUUCUAGCAUUUGUGCAACUGUAAACCUCUGCAUUUAUGCAGGAAUGACUAAAAUAAUUUUUACAUAUUUGCAUAAUAUCAUUGGGCCCCCCCAAAAAUAAAUAUCCACUGACAGGCGAGAUUCUGAAGGUUGACUAUCAAGCUGGCUUUUGUGAUUUCUGGUGGGGUGAAAGGAGUAAAAAGAGAAAAAGAUAUAGUGAGAGGAAAAUGGUUAUAAGCACAGCAGGGAGAGGAGAGACAAGUCAGUCUUGCCAUGUUAUCCCCUGGGUUACCUGUGGGAGUAUCAAAGGAGAGAGAAGAGACCAAGAACACACUGGCUGUUUAGCUGGCCUUUAUUUGACUAUUUGUUUGCAUAAUAACCAGCCCAUUGUGACUUAUUGCUAAGAAGGAUUAUCAUGAUGGGCAUUAUGUCUCCAGUUAGCUGGAUGGCUGAACUUGUCCUGAUCCAUAAAAGUGAAAACUAUAAAAGCAAAUUUCACUUGCCAUGUUAAAGCUAGGAAUGUCUCUGUGUUGUUGUAAUAUAAUAUAUUUGCAGUGACAUAGCUCCAUCUAUUUACUGUUGUGUGCAUUCAUGCACCUUUGGGUUCUUCCCCUACAACACAUACACAAUUGUAUUUAUAUAAAUAUAUCCACCUAAUAGAUGUUACUGGGCAGUAUCUAGUGGGUGCAAUGGCUAACUUACAUUAUGUUGAGCUAAUAAAAAUCCUAGCACUAUGCCAAUAGCCUUAGCUGACACGACAAUUUCUCUGAGAAAUAAAAUCCUAUGGCUGCUUGACUAAAUCUAGAGAGGCAUAGGAUUUUUUGAAACCCCAUUUCUCACCUUGGAAACUUGAUCCACAGUUGGAGCUGGGACUCUGAACUCAGAACAACCCUCUCCCUGCCCUCACAGCCAGCACUACCCCCUCCUUGCACUUGAGCUGCAGUUUUGAGGUCAUAUCAGCAACCUCAGAGAGGCUUUUUUGGGUAUCCUAGAGGAAAGGAGGAGCCAGGUGUUGUUACAAUAUGAAGUAUCCAGGUCAUGCCUCAGUUCUUCCUCCUUGCACUCUAAGAUACAAAACUUGGAUGUCAUUUAAGCCGUUUAAGUGUUUUGCAGAGCAAGUGCAAAGGCAAUCUUUGCUCCCUUCAUAGGAUGCCUAUAAAGCUCAGAGUUUGGAUGGUUAUUGGUAUUCAUAUUAGUUUGUACCCUAACUUUGUGUCUUUAUCUUUAUCUUCAAUGGAAUCUAUGUUUUUAUGUCAAAUGUAAAAUCAUAUUUAUUUUAAUAUUUUUCUAUUAAUAAUCCACUUUCUAUUGCUUUUAGUCAGCUUUUGAACUUUAUAUACAAAUAUUGGCAGUAUCAACUAACUCAUAUUUAAUUGGCUGCUUUUAAAAGUAACUGGUUAUAUAAAUCUCCCCCCAAAUAAUUUUUUAAAGAAAAAUAAGUAACCAGCAUUUAAAUCAAACUUAAGCAGUUAUGUAUUAAUUGCAAAAGUUAUCAAAUUUAAUUUGUAUCUGACUGAUUCAUACUGAUGAGGAAAUAAGGAAUCGGAACUAACAUGGUUUUAUCACCUGACUUUUGAAAUACUGUAACAUGCUCUUGAAUUUUUAUUGAAAACAAUUACAAGCUGGUUUAAAUGUUAAGGUUGGGAGUAGUCUAAAAGUUGCACUCAAACUUCAGAAUAUUCAGAAGUUUGUAACUGGCUGUCUACUUGACAGGUUCAGACAAGGAGCUGGGUAGCAUUUCCUGACAAAUGGAGAACUAUUUCCAGGCAGAAGCUUAUAACCUUGAUAAGGUUUUAGAUGAGUUUGAACAAAAUGAAGGUAAGUAACUUUUGACAGGGCUGAAGAUUAUCUGUGGCUCUAGUUGUAUUUGUAUUUUCUAUUCCAUUGUAGCUGCCAUCUAUGUACUUCCUAGGAAAAAAUUGGAAAAGGACACUGAACAGGUUUAGACCCAUGGAUUAAUUGCCCACUUUUAAUCUUGAAAUUCUAGAAUUGCCCAAAUACAGUCUAGUUAAUGGCCAGCUAACAUUGAAUGAAUAUUGAUUUGGAUUUAGAUAUAGGCAUGUACAACGAGGCUUAAGGAAGUGGAUUUUCCUACCUCUUUUCCAUGACAGUCCUUUGAAAAAUGUUACACAGAGGGUCUGGCGAUUCUGCUGACUGAGAGAGGCUGUGUUGUGGUGUAGGGAUCUUGGUGGAGGGGGCGGGUUGCUUUCCUCUCAGUCCUAUCUCCACCAGCCUGUACUUGUAUCAUUCAGCAGUGUCCUCAAACCAUUUGUAACGUUUUCAUGGGGCUAGAGGGGUUUCCAUGGGGCUGAGCAUUUAAGUAAUAUGCUUCUGUACUAAUUAAUAGUAAAAUUAAUUAGUACUAUUUUAUUAGUGCCAGAAUAAAACAAACCCUGAAUAAUAAAUAACUGGGUUUCAAAGUUUAAUAUAGAAACAGAUAUUACAUGUGAUGUGAUCUUAUACAGAUUACUUGAGGGAGACAUUGUGAACUCAUUGUGCAUACUGUGCAUAUGUAUAGAUUCUACACUGCAGAGCGAGGAAUGGGGAAGCAAAAGUAAUUGUUGUUAACUAUGUUAUGGUUGUAAUUGUUAUGAAGUGUCCAGAAUGCUUAAGGUAUUAGUAUAGAAAUGUAAUAAGUUUUAAAAACUGUGUUUUUACUAUAUGCAGUUUUGCAUCUGUUUUAGUAAAAACACAAAUCACUAAUAUUAGAUAGUUUAUUUAAUCAUGUGACUGAUGUCUUUAUUAACUGUCUUGGUAGGUGAAUCAAGAAUUGCUCCAAUAUUAUACUUCAUUUCUAAUUGAAUUGUGCUUGGCCUCUUCACAGUACUUUAAGCUGGUGUUAAAAAUGCAGCUUGUUCAAGAUGUUUUUUUUCUUAAAGGGUAUACAUGGUUUCAGGUUCUUUUAAAUGUUGAUCUGCUUAAACUAUGCAAUACAAACUUUGUUUCUUCUGGUUGCAUCUUUAAGCUGCUGGUAGUUGUGGCUGUUUCAUAGCUAUUUAUGUUUAAAUAUAUUGUAAAUAAUCUUAUGAAAGCUGGGAGGGAUAGACCAUCAAAGUGACAACAAAAAACACCUAAUACAUCAAAAUGCUCUUACAAGUUCCUUUUAUAAUAAAGAUGUUAGCAUGGGCAGGAUGUAUGUAUUUAUAAAGAGAUAAAACCUUUUUCAUAUUACCGUUUGUGGAACUAGGGCAUUCUGGUAUAUGAAAAUAGUAACAUUGGAAGUAUACGAAUCUAAAUAGAUCUGUGCUGGGAUUAGGCAAAAGGUUAAUCAAGUUCAACAUCUUGUUUUCCACACUGGCCAGCCAGGUGCCUCUGGGAAGCCCAUAAAUAGAAUAUGAAGGCAAUAGCUUGCAUCUGCUUUGGCUUUCCAACAAUUGAUAGUGAGAUAUAUACUUCUGAACCUGGUGGUUCCUUAUUACUGUUGAUGGCAUUCUCUUCCACAAAUUAGGCUAAUCCUUUGUAAAGGCAGCUAAGCAGACACAUUGUGGCAACAAACUUCAUGCCUCUAUGAAAUUCAGUUUUUGGUAUUUAAUAAAACUGGAACUAUGUAAGUGCUGUUAAUUUGUCCUUUUUUGGUACUCUUUUGGGGGGUUAAAAUUUAUCCUUUUGUUUGACUAGUGUUAAUUGUUAGGGCUUGGUCAUAGAGUAGUUUUUCUUUCAAUAACAAAAAUAUGGUUGACUUGUGGUAAUACCUUGUAAGACCAAUUGCUUCCCAUCUGUUUUUUCCUCUUACAGUGCUAAAAGAUGUUAAUGCAAAAAGCAUUUAUAAUGUCUGGUAACAAUAUGUGUCAAAGGAGAAAGUAUAGCAGAAGCCUGAAAGGCAAGUGGUAGGGGAAGAGCUGUUGGAGAGAGAAAGAGAACAGAAGCUUGUAAGCAGAGGCACAGUGUGAGCACUGUGUUUGAGAGUGAACAUUCUGUAGAAUUGCUUUGCUGCUACUGCUAUUGAUUUAUGUGUGCCAAGAAGAAAAACAGUGAAGACAGAAGAGAUCUCCAGUUCUUUCCGUCAUGGUCUCCAGUCUCAUAUUUUUUUGCUACCUUUCCCCAAGCAUGCAGAACUCAGCAGCAGCAACAGGUAGCUUAGUGGGAUGAGGCUAUUUCACCUACACUGUUGGAUGCUAAGUGGAAUCAGAUCCUAGAUCCUCCUUCUCAUCGGCUGUCUUUUAACCCAGCUCUAGCCAAUGUGAACGAAGCCACAAUUCCUAAUGAAUGUCCACAGAAAUUAAAGGCCUUCUCCUUGUCUCAUUUAGUUGCUGCAUCAGUAGGUGGAGGGGAUUGUUGUUCUAACGGAAAGAAUCUUAAUAUGAGCGAAGAAAGCCCAAACAUGUGGAUUGAUGAUCAAGCAGCAACAGAUGAUCAGCUAGUUAAGAGUAAUAGUAAUCAGAAUGCUCAGUGUAAUGCAGUGGGUGAAGAAGAAAAAAAAUGUGGCAGUUUAGAUAGUUUACCAGAGGGGAAAAAUGUUCUGGUUGUAGCGGUCAUGCAUAACUGUGACAAAAAACCUUUGCAAAGUGAUCUGUUGGACUGUAAAACUUACAGCAUUCCCCCUAUAAUGGAUACCGUUAGCUUUACACUGGAUAACGAAACUGAACAAAUUAAUCACUUGGAUGUUACUGUAAAUGGGUCCACUGAGAAAGAUACUGAUACUGAAAAAGAAGCUGUACAAGCAAAGAAGCUGCAUGUGGAAGAAGAUUCUGUUCAUCAUUGUAUUGUUGCCACUUCAGAUGGUCUGUUCAGUGAAAAUUCUUGUUCUCUGGUAAAGGACAAGGAUAGUACAAAUAAAGACUCUAAUUUCUCAGAAACUGCAACAGCAGGAAUAAAUGCAGUUUCCUUGCAGAGACCACUUGACCCUGGCAUGAAAGUACAAGAAAGAUGUGCAUCAGAUGAGGGUUUUGAUACAGAUGCUGCUGCUCAGAUGACAGAACUAGGAACUAAAAACUGUUUACCUAGACCACACAGUGGUGAUUGUUCCACAGAGGCUUCUGUAGUAGAACAAACAGCCCACCAAUUUGCGUCAGGGAUACCCAAGCUCUCUGAAACUUGUCAGCUGAAUACAUUUGGAAGUGACAAUUCUUGUGAACAUUCUGGUGAACAUUUGGCCUCUCAGGAUGUUAGCACUGUUGAAAAUGAAACUGACAAAUGCGAGAAAGUUCUCAACACAACUGAAUUGUUCAGUAUGGCAGUUUGUUUAUCAGACUCUCAGGAGAUGACAAAUGGGGAAUUGACUAAACAAAAUGAAAGGAGUAAUAGGCAAACAAAUGAGGACAAUGAAGCUCAGUUGCAUACAGCAAAGGAUGAGGAAGCAAGUAAUAAUACUGAAGAAAGCCAUGAUGGAAUGACAGAAGCAAGUCUUGACUUGAAGGGGACCACUUUAGAGGAGCUUGAAGACUCCUGUCUCACUGAUGUCAUGGAUACAUCAGCAUCAAGUGGCCUGCCCAAUUGUGAUUCCUAUGGAAUACAGAACCCAAUUCUUGCUCAUAUUCCAAAGACUUUACCCUCCAAGGAAGACUCUGUAACUGAGGAAAAGGAGAUAGAGGAGAGCAAAUCAGAAUGUUAUAGUAAUACUUAUGAACAAAGAGGAAAUGAAGCCACAGACAGGAGUGGAGUCAUUUUGAACUGCACUGGUGACUCAAUUAAAAAAAAAUAUUUACAUAAUCUCUGCAGUCAGGUAUCAUCUGAACCAAGUCAAGCAUCACAAAGUACAGCAGCUAACCUGCAACCACUUAGUGUUCCUUUUGGUGGUGCCCGACCCAAACAACCUACGAAUCUUAAACUGCAAAUCCCAAAGCCAUUAUCAGACCAUUUACAAAAUGACACGGUUCCCCCAAACUGUGGAGGUAUCAGUAAAAAUAAAAAUGAUAUAUCUGGAAAAGCAAAAAUAGGUGAAAACAUAGCAGCAAAUGUAUUUUCUGAUGAAACAUCCCUGAAUGCCUUGGUGACAGAUACUGGUGUGGAGCAUUCAGAAGAGUUUGAGUCUGGGAUUUCAAGUAGCUUGUGCCUUGCAGCAGCCUCGGACAAUCCUGACAAUGAUCUUGGAGCUGGUCAGUUUGGAGUUCCUACUAGAAAGCCAUUUACUACAUUAGGCGAAGUGGCUCCAGUUUGGGUCCCAGAUUCUCAAGCACCAAACUGCAUGAAAUGUGAGGCCAGAUUUACAUUCACUAAAAGGCGACACCAUUGCAGAGCCUGUGGAAAGGUCUUCUGUGCAGCCUGCUGUAGUCUAAAAUGCAAACUGAUAUAUAUGGACAGAAAGGAAGCAAGAGUGUGUGUAAUUUGCCACUCGGUGCUGAUGAAUGCACAAGCCUGGGAGAACAUGAUGAGUGCCUCAAGCCAAAGUCCUAAUCCUAACAAUCCUGCUGAGUAUUGUUCUACCAUUCCUCCCUUGCAGCAAGCCCAGGCUUCUGGAGCUCUGAACUCCCCACCACCUACUGUUAUGGUACCUGUGGGAGUCUUAAAGCAUCCAGGUGCAGAAGUGGCUCAGCCUAGAGAACAAAGACGUGUUUGGUUUGCUGAUGGCAUCUUACCCAAUGGAGAAGUUGCUGAUGCAGCCAAAUUGACAGUGUGUGGAACAACAUCCACUGGAGCACUAGCAGUGUCCCAUGAUCCAAGCAAGCCCAUGAGCAACAGCUCUUCACCAGCAGAGACGGAAAACACACUGGCAUUUUCAAGAAGUAUAACUCAGGUUGGAAGUCCAGUAGGCAGUGCAAUGAAUCUUAUUCCGGAAGAUGGGCUUCCUCCAAUUCUCAUUUCUACUGGUGUAAAAGGAGAUUAUGCUGUAGAAGAAAAACCAUCCCAUAUAUCAGUGAUGCAGCAGCUAGAAGAUGGUGGCCCAGACCCUCUUGUGUUCGUUUUAAAUGCAAAUUUGCUGUCCAUGGUUAAAAUUGUGAAUUAUGUGAAUAGGAAAUGUUGGUGCUUUACUACAAAGGGAAUGCAUGCAGUAGGCCAGUCAGAAAUAGUAAUUCUUCUACAGUGUUUACCUGAUGAGAAAUGUUUGCCCAAGGAUAUCUUCAAUCACUUUGUGCAGCUUUAUCGAGAUGCCUUGGCAGGUAAUGUUGUGGGCAAUUUAGGACACUCAUUUUUUAGCCAGAGUUUCCUUGGUAGUAAGGAGCAUGGUGGCUUUUUGUAUGUUACUCCUGCGUUUCAGUCGCUGCAGGAUUUGGUGCUCCCUGCCCCUCCAUAUUUAUUUGGGAUUCUUAUCCAGAAAUGGGAGACUCCUUGGGCCAAAGUAUUUCCCAUCCGAUUGAUGCUGAGACUUGGAGCUGAAUAUAGGUUGUACCCAUGCCCACUUUUCAGUGUCAGAUUUCGUAAGCCAUUGUUUGGGGAGACUGGACACACAAUUAUGAAUCUUCUCGCAGACUUCAGAAAUUACCAGUAUACAUUGCCAGUUGUCCAAGGCUUAGUGGUUGAUAUGGAAGUGAGGAAAACUAGCAUCAAAAUUCCCAGCAACAGGUACAAUGAGAUGAUGAAAGCCAUGAACAAGUCCAAUGAGCAUGUUCUAGCAGGUGGUGCAUGCUUCAAUGAGCGGGCAGACUCUCAUCUAGUGUGUGUGCAGAAUGAUGAUGGGAACUAUCAGACACAGGCCAUCAGUAUUCAUAAUCAGCCACGGAAGGUGACUGGAGCCAGCUUCUUUGUCUUUAGUGGAGCUUUAAAAUCAUCUUCAGGCUAUCUUGCCAAGUCCAGUAUUGUAGAAGAUGGUGUUAUGGUCCAGAUAACAGCUGAAAAUAUGGACUCCCUAAGGCAGGCGCUGAGAGAGAUGAAAGACUUCACUAUUGCUUGUGGUAAAAUGGAUGCUGAAGAGCCCCAAGAGCAUGUGCAUGUUCAGUGGGUGGAUGAUGACAAAAACUUCAACAAAGGUGUUGUAAGCCCUAUUGAUGGAAAAUCUAUGGAAUCUAUCACAAGUGUCAAGAUAUUUCAUGGCUCAGAUUAUAAAGCAAAUGGGAAGGUCAUUAGGUGGACAGAGGUUUUCUUUCUGGAAAAUGAUGACCAACAUAAUGGCCUAAGUGACCCAGCAGAUCACAGCAGGCUGACUGAGAAUGUGGCUAAGGCUUUCUGCUUAGCCUUGUGCCCUCACUUGAAGCUGUUGAAAGAAGAUGGAAUGACCAAGUUGGGUCUACGAGUUACACUUGAUGCUGAUCAAGUUGGCUACCAGGCUGGAAGCAAUAGCCAGCCACUGCCUGCUCAGUACAUGAAUGAUCUGGACAGUGCCUUAGUUCCAGUGAUUCAUGGAGGAGCAUGCCAGCUGAAUGAAGGCCCCAUCAUCAUGGAGCUUAUCUUUUAUAUUCUGGAAAACAUCUCAUAAGAGGACUUCAUUUUCUGUUCAGACCUGUUCCAGCAGCAGUUGAAUCUGAAUCAUUUGCACUUUAAAACUGGAAAAUUAAGCUUUUUGUUAACACUAUUAUGAAGGGGUGGGGGAGGGGUGGGGGUGAGAACAGUUGCUCCAUAACUCUGAAUUGUCUAUGCAUUUGUCAACAGGAUCAGGGCAGCUUC